GUCAGAGUUGGACGGUUUUCUGUUUCUGGCUGUUUCUCUCCGCCGCAGCUGCUUCCGGGUGUUUCGCGCUGUGUUCUGCUCUGGACGCGGAAAUAAAGUUGAGCGUGGCGGCCAGAUGUCCUGAAGACGACCAAAAAGAACCUAUUAUUGACCGGGAGCGGGGUGACGUCACACACCGGACCCGGGUCGCAGGUGGUGGUGGACUGCAGACUUCAGAUCAACAAGAUCCUGGAACUCCUGAACCUGCAGACUGAACUGGACCAGAACCACCAGGACUAACAGAGGCCCACAGAGACAUUCAGAGACAUCAGAGACCCACAGAGACAUCAGAGACUCUCAGAGACAUCAGCGACUAACCGAGACUCUCAGAAACUCACAGAGACUCUGAGACAUCAAAGACUCCCAUAAACUCACAGAGACCCACAGAGACUGUCGGAGACUAACAAAGACCCACGGAGAUAUCAGAGACUCUCAGAAACUCACAGAGACUCUCAGAGACAUCAAAGACUCCCAUAAACUCACAGAGACCCACAGAGACUAACAGAGACCCACAGAGACACUCAGAGACUCUCAGAGACAUCAGAGACAUCAAAGACUCCCAUAAACUCACAGAGACCCACAGAGACUAACAGAGACCCACGGAGACACUCAGAGACUUUCUGAGACAUCAGAGACUGCAAUGCAGAUUAACGCGAUGAACAGUAAAGCUGUGCCUGCCAUCCUGCUGAGUCUGCUGCUGAUGGCAAUUGUGUACUACUACCUGUCCCAGCCCAGUAGUGUGAGUAGCAGAGUCAUCGUGUCACCAUGUCCUACCAGCUGUCCGACUUCCGAACCAAAGGACAGAGUUCCUGCUGAUGUCAUCCCUACUGGUUACGUGUUCCACCUGGAAACUCCUGACCAGAGCCUGGCGGUCACUGCGCAUCUGAAGUACAGCCAGCCGAGCAUCGUGAAGGGCCGUACGGACGUGGUGGCCGUGACUCCCUGGCUGGCUCCGAUCGUCUGGGAGGGAACCUUUAACCCAGUUCUCCUCGACAGCAUCUACAAGCCAAAGAAAAUCAGCAUUGCAGUCACCGUGUUCGCUGUCGGAAAGUACAUCAUGUUCCUGAAGAACUUCCUGGAGACAGCAGAGCAGCACUUCUUUGUCGGCUUCAACGUGCACGUUUACGUGUUUACCGACCGUCCGAAAGAGGUGCCCGAAGUCAAAAUGGCCGACGGCAGACAGCUGACGGUGCGUUUGGUGCCCAGCUCGAAGCGUUGGCAGGAGAUCUCCGCCCGAAGGAUGGAGCUGAUCCAGAAGCUGAUAGACGAGCAGCUCCGUAAAAAUAGCGACUACAUCUUCUGUCUGGACGUGGACUCGAAGUUCCACGACCGCUGGGGGACCGAGUCGCUGGGUGGACUGGUCGCCGUCAUACAUCCAGGUUACUACCUGGACAAUCGCAGCAAGUUCCCAUACGAGCGUCGGUCGGCGUCCAAAGCCUAUGUGGCUGACGGCGAGGGCGACUUCUACUAUUGCGGGGGUGCGUUCGGAGGCAUCCUGGAGGAAGUUUACCUGCUCGCCAGCACCUGCCGCUUCAAUUUCGAGGAGGACGCCAAGAACGGCAUCGAGGCCGCCUGGCAGGAAGAGAGUCACCUCAACAGGUACAUGUGGAUCAAUAAACCCAGCAAGGUUUUGUCUCCGGAGUAUCUUUGGCAGGACUUCAAAGCCAGAAACCCCGAAGUUAAAACCAUCAGAUUUUCUGGAGUUAUCAAGAACUACGCUGAUAUCCGACCCAACGUCUGAGAGGCGGAGCAAACCAAACUGAACCAGACUAAACUGGACCGAACCGACUGACACUCACAGAGGCUGUGUGACUUCAUUCUCCUUUAUCUUUGCAAAGCAAGGUUUUGACGCUUUUUUCCCGCAUUUUUGUGUCGUGUAUUGGUCCAGACUAUGAAUCAACCCCAGAGUUUUCAAACCAAAUGUGGGCAGCAGUGUGGACGCCAGGGGUAAACCUUUUAAAGGAAAACUUUGGUCGCAACCUGGACCAACAUGUUUCUGGGUCUAAGUGACUGAUGGGAACAAUUAUCUCUGAGUUUGGUCCAGUGCUCGACACAGACACAAAUCCUUAGCUGCAGCUGCAGAAUGAAGUCACACUCCCUCUGUGUGUGUGUGUGUGUGUGUGUGUGUGUUGUAGUCUCAUCUUCUCUGUUCCUUGGUUUGAUGGUCGGUCUGGCCGCUCAUUCCUGAAUUUAUAAAGAGACUUGUGAAAUGUAGGGCUCGGUAUUGUUCAAAAACUUUAGAUACCGGUACCAAUACCAAUACUGUUACUCCGAUACCAAUACUUUUUUGAUUCCACUUUUAUAAAAAAGAAAU